CAAUACACGCUCGAACGUCGCUGGAGAUGCGUGCUAAAUGUGAUUGUUAAGAGUGUCGUACGUUUUAUGAUUCUUGAUUGUAUACGUCUUUAACCUUUCUAAUUGCUUAUGAAAGCAAUAUUUUCUGCUUGCUCAAAACAAUUGCUUAACAUCUGUUUCAUAAUUAUGCAAAUUGGUGAUAGGCACGAUCGAAAAAAAAGUGAAUUUAUGCAGUAAGGAACGUUCCCGAACGUCGGAUAUUGACAAGAUUUUUUUUAUAAAAAUCUUUCUCUUGUAAAAGAUAUUCUAAGUAUAAAAAUGUCAAAAGAGCAUCAGCUACCUUCUGAUUCUGAUGAUGAUGAUGAGGAUUAUGUUCCUGAUGGAGCUGACAACGAACCUGUAUCAGAAGCAGAUUCCGAAGGUGAAGUAGAAAGUGGUCCCGAAGAUGAAAACGAUGAAAAUAAGCGAGAAACCGAUAAGAUAACAAGCAAGAAAAGAGGUAGACGGACUGUUAAAGAUAAAAGUACAAAACGUAAGAAAAGAACAAAAAGAAAAUUAAAAGAUGCAGAUGAAUCGAAAGGAGAAGAUGAACAAGAUGAAUCAGAAACAUUGGAAAAGAAAGAACUUACGGAAGAAGAAGAAAAGAAAAGAGCAGAUUCUUUGUGGGCAGAUUUUAUGAAAGAUACCGCGGUAGCUCCAAAACCAAAAACACAAAGCUCAACAAAUGGCCCAAAAGAAAAAUCUUCUACUUUGAUAAAACCAAAAGUAGAAGAAAAAGUGAAGAUAACAAAAAUAUUUGAAUUUGCUGGUGAGGAGGUAAAGGUAGAAAAAGAAGUAUCAGUGGACUCUGCAGAGGCCAGAUUAUCCUUGACUUCUGCUGAAAAUUCUAUGAAGACAGAUGCCUCGACUUCUCCUGCCGGAAGAGGAAGAGGAGGAGGAAGAGGUAUUAAAAGGGGUGGGUUGGGAGGUAUUUCCUCUGUUUUGGGACAGAUUGGAAAGAAAGCAAAGAUUAGCACAUUGGAAAAGUCUAAGCUUGAUUGGGACAAUUACAAAAAGCAGGAAAAUUUAGAAGAAGAAAUUAUAACUCAUAACAGAGGAAAGGACGGAUAUUUAGAGAGACAAGAUUUUCUUCAAAGAGCGGAUUUACGGCAAUUCGAAAUUGAAAAACAAUUGCGUAACUCUGGUAGACGCAGUACACGAUAAGUCAAUGGUACGAUGAGAUAAAAAAAAGAAAUAAAAAAUUCCAAUUUUCUCAGCUUGCCAUUGUCAGGUACCAAUAAUACGCAUUUAGCUUAAAUAAUUACUGGGACUAUUGUCGUAUUUCGUUUAAUGCAUAAGAAAAAUUUGCCUCGCUUGGCUUGCCAAUCAGCUGAAUCAGUUUUAUGGUAGCGAUUGACAACCACAUUUUUUAAAAGAGACUGAUCAUUCCACUGUAUCGAGACUAAUUCUAUAUAUGUAUCGUGUAAUAGUUUAAUUUACUUUUUGCGAGCAUUUGUCUCGUCCUGUCGUAUCGUUACAGAACUUCGCAUCGAAGCAGGAUAUUUGAAGCUUGAUGCUUCUCUUACCGAUUAUAUUCAAGUGAUACAAGCUUCAAUUUCUUUUACUCAAUACAAUACAAUACAAUACAAUAGUUUAACUAGGUAAUGUAAAUAAGAGCUGGCACUAUAGAAAAUAUCACAAAAUUACCGAAUAUUAGAAAGAAUGAUGCGUGUAUAUGGUAGAGUAUGAAUCGUAAUACUUAUAUACGAUAUUGAUAUGAUUAUUGAACUAUCACGAUCACUGCCUCUGGCGAGUCAUAUGAAGAGUACGUUAUUUUAUUUAUAGAUAAUCAUUACGUGUGUAUAUAGAAUCACAAGAUACGUUAUGAAACAACACAGCAUAAUUACACUUACCGUAGCUACUUUAUGUUUUUUAAGAUCUGUAAAAACGUACAGAUUAAUUGAUUUUUACUAAUGGGACAUAGGCAGUGGACGAUCUAAUAACAUAAGUAGUGUAUAUAUGACAUGUUUACCAACAUGAAUUCCGAUUAAAACUUAAUUUCAAUUUUUCAUGUAACUCAGGUCACAGUUUCUUAAAUGUAUUAACUUUGCGAUAUAUUAUCGCAUCAUUAUACGUCAAAAUACUUUACAUUUGUGGACUUAUUAACGUUAUGCAAUAAAGAUAAAGAAGCAACAG